GCAAAACACCCCUUGGAUCUUGCCAGCUUCUGGAGCUCAUCAGCAAUCACAGGACGCUUCGGGCCUCCUAGAUUUGUUAAGGAACAUCUCAUCCAGUCUAAAUCCAUGUGCUGGAUCAUCCAGAAUGCCGAUGGGCCAUUUGCUUCUUGCCAUUCUCUGGUCAAUCCUGAACCUUAUUUAACAAAUUGCAUUUUGGAUGUUUAUGCAUCAGCUGGGGAGCCGAGCAUCUUAUGCCUUUCCAUUCAGACCUAUGUAGCAGCCUGCCAGAGAGCCAAUGUUACUCUCAGGCCUUGGAGAAUCGGAUCGUUUUGUGAUCCAGAUUGCCCAGCCAACAGCCAUUAUGAACUCUGCCAGCUGCCCUGCCAAGGUUUUUGUGCUGGGGCCACACUUACGCAUCUCUGCAACCCCCUGUGCGCUGAAGGAUGUGUCUGUGAUGCAGGAUACUUAUGGAGUGGGAACAAGUGCAUUCGGCACGAACAGUGUGGUUGCGAACACAACGGCCGUUAUUACAAUGUUGGAGACCUUUUCUGGCUUUCCGAUUGCACAAAAAGGUGCAGCUGUGAGAAUUCGUCGACCUUUCUUUGCGUCCCAGCCAGUUGCAAUCCCGGACAGCAAUGUGCAAUUCAGGAUGGAAAGCUGGGCUGUAAGAAUCAGCUGACCACUUGCACAGUUUCUGGAGACCCUCACUACUUCACAUUUGAUGGAGCCAUAGCCCAUUUCCAGGGCAGUUGUGCUUAUGAGAUCUCAAACACACCCAACUCCUCCUUGGAUUUCUCCUUCCGAGUUGUGGCUACUAAUAAGAAUUUCCGGAAUCCCCGAGUAUCUUUUAUUUACCGAGUGGAUAUUUGGCUUACCUUCAAACAGUUCAGUUCUCACGUUGUUCUGGAACAAGGAAAAGAUGUGAAGGUGAAGACAACAUCUUGAUCCAUGCCAAAAAAAAA